GUGUGAAGUGUCAAAAUAUUGUUUUUUUGGCUGUGAAAUCCUGAAAAAUCAUUGGAAAAAUUCUAAAAUUGACUGAAUAUCUGUUGCCUAAACGAGUUUUUACACAAAUAAAAUGGCCACAAACGAGAAACAGUUCUUUGGACCGUUAACUUUGCACCAAAAGAGUGAAAAUCCAUCGAUCUUCAAGACCGAGACUCCGAAUGAGUGCGCUUGUGUUUUGUGCGACGAAGUGUUUGUUCUGCCGGCGUCUGAGAAGCAGAUGUUGACGCAUCUCUUCAUGGAGCAUCGUCUGGUUAUAGCCGAUGCUAACCAGAUUGCGGAUUUGGAAGGUUAUAUGAAAUAUUGGAAGUUGAGAUUUAAAGAUCAAAACCUGCCAUUCUUUUGUACCACAAUGCUGCUAGACAACAAACCAGACGGAACAAAAUCAAAGAAUGAAGAAUACUUCUUAUUAAGUGAUGUAUUACCUGAGGACAAAGAACUGCGACUUAAUCUCCGUCAAACCAAAUUGGAAACAUUAUUAGAAAGGCAUGCCUUUGAAAGAGAAGACAAGGACUAUUCAAAAGAGUGCCUCUUUUGCAGAUUUGUUUCUAUUGGCACCAGAGCAAGCUACCUAAAUCAUUUGUAUGAAAAACACAACUUUCAUAUCGCUAAGCCCGACAACCUAAUCUUUAUCGAUGAUCUCAUAGAUUUAAUAAGUUCAAAGUUAGAUAAACUGCAGUGUAUAUUUUGUGAAGGUGUGUUCAAAGAUCGGACUAUUUUGAAAGAGCACAUGCGUAAAAAAGGCCAUAAAAGGAUAAAUCCUGUAAACAAAGAGUAUGAUAAGUUCUUUUUAGUUAACUACAUAGGUGAUAGACAUCCAGUAAAUAAACAGAAACCAUUCAAUAUGUCGAGUAGUUCAAAAAUGUAUAACAUUAAAGUUAGGGAAGAAGAAUUUGAACCGGACUCGAAUAUAGACAGUGAUCCAGAAUGGUCGGAAUGGACUGAAGAAAACGGACCAGUAAUCACAUGUUUACUAUGUGAGCAUACAGAAACGGAAUUCGAAAAUAUGCUAGACCAUAUGGAAAAGAAACACGAGUUUUCCUUUUCAAAAGCUACAGAAGGAUUCAACUUUUACUAUAAAAUUAAAAUAGUAAAUUAUAUAAGAAGGCAGAUACAUUUAAAGCAGUGUUUAGCGUGUGAAACUAAGUUCGACGAUUCGAAGAAUUUAGAAAAGCAUUUAAAAGAAAUGAAACACUGGAUUUUAAGUAAGGAAAAAUGGGACCAGCCUGAAUAUUACUUUCCAACAUAUGAAGAUGAUCUCUUCUUAUGUUUCAUUCAUGAUGACGAUGAGAGUUGGUGGUCUGGUGAUGAGAGGGAAACGGAGAAUCAGAAUUCUAUGUCAGAUAAUAUAUCUAAAGAGAUGGCAAUGGCAGUUCUUGGUGAUUGAACAUGUAAUAUUAGUAUAUCUCACUUAAGUACAUAAUAUUACUGCAAGCUAUAUUACUUAAUUAUUAUAAAUGCAAAAGUGUGUCUGUCUAUUUCCUCUUCAAGGCGGCUUAAUAGACUUCCCUGGCGCAGUGGUACGCACUGUUGUCUUAUUAGUGGGAGGUCCCAGGUUCAAUUCCCGGCAGGGGUUUGGAAUUUAAUAAUUUCUAAAUCUCUGGUCUAAUCCGGUGGGAGGCUUCGGCCGUGGUUAGUUACCACCGUACCAGCAAAGUCGUGCCGUCGAGCGAUUUAGCGUACUGGUACGAUGCCAGACAUGUAGAAACCAAAGGGAUAUGGAUUUAAUAAAAACUGCCAUACCCCUUCCAGGUUAGCCCACUUCCAUCUUAGACUGCAUCAUCACUUACCACCAGGUGAGAUUGCAGUCAAGAGCUAACUUGUGUCUGAAUUAAAUACAAAAAUUAAUUGCUGAACAGCACUGAUAUAUUUCAGCACACAUUAUACAUUGUGGAUAUUAUAACAAAGGCAAAUUUUUAUCAGUCCCACAGGAAAACAGAAAAAUAUGUGGAUAGUCUCAGGCACUAGCCUAUAAUAUUUGCCUAAUUGAUUACAUUGGUGUAAAGUGUAAAUAGUUUCCUAAGGGUUCUGAUAAUAAUAAAUCAAGCGCCCUAAGCCCACAGAUUGGUAUCUGUGAAGACAAGGAUCUAUGAAAUGAAACAGGCUCAUUUUGUAUGGCUUAUACAUACUUCAUUCCAUAGAGUGCCAUAACGCCAUAUUUGUCUUAUAAUGACCAAUCAUUCCUAUUGCUUAGAGCAAUCUGGUAGAGAUCGCUCUAAGCAAUAAGGCCGCCUUUGCACACAAUUGUUUUUUUCUGUUUUCUUCCUUGUGUUGUGUUUCUUUACAUGUUUUUGUGUGCAAUAAAGACUUCUAUCAAUCUGUGCGCCUAAGAUGUUUAUUAUCUCAAAUCCAUAACACCAAAUCUGUGAUUAUAGCAAUGUAAUUAUCACUUUUAUUAUGUAUGGUAUGUUGCUGAAACUAUAUAUUUUAGCCAAUAGCAAGUUAGAUGGAUUUGUUGAAUAUUUUUGGUGAUUUUGGAACUACUUUGUAUAUUAGCACAUAAUAAUGUUUUUCUUAAAAAUAUGGAUUCUGUACUUAUGAAUUUAAACCCGGUUGUAUAGAUCCUUCCAAUUAAACAAAUGCAAACCGUAAUUCUGCAAUAGUAAAUGAUCAAAUGAUUUAUUUGUUCUUAAAAUCGGUUUUUACAAAUUGUGCAAAUGUAAACAUUUAAGGUUGUAACUUGGCUGUAUAAGUUGUAACACUAAAAUCAUAUUAAGUAAGCAAAUGUGCAAUAAUUUUUUAAGGAUUUGUGUCUUACAUAACAGCAUUUAUUUUGCUAAUAAUUACAGUAAUAAAAUAUUUUAUAAUAUUAAAUUAUAUUGAUAUACUCCUAUGUAAUGAAUCAAUAUUAAAAUGUUAAUAAUAAGGUAGCUUUCUAGAUUUUACACAUAAUUAUGUUAAUUUGGUUAUAUACACAAAUCUCUGAAAUAACUGCCAAUAGUCUGUAAUCUGUCGAAAGGUUAUUUGGCAACAUUGUUAUUUGUAAAAAAUAGGGUCUUGGACUUUAGUAAUAAAAUGAUGUAAUGAUUUGGAC